AGACGCUUAGUUUGUCCAAAGCGACGUACAUCUCAGCAAAAGUACAAUUUGUUUGUGCAUUAGUUAGAGAAAGAGAGGACGAUGGCUGCAGACAUGUGACUCUCAAGUAAACCUGCCUGAUUUGUGUUGUAAACCUACCUACCUAGUCUGUUUCUCUAUCUAUGUUAAAAGUAAAGCACGGCGGCGCUUAAGUUAAAAACAAACAGAUAUUUAAUUUAGCUAACCGGCUCUGUUUCUCUCACAGGAGCUUCUUCGUGUUUUAUUUAAACUUGUGCUGGGUUGUUUCGUCGUGUGCCGUCAAGUUUCCUGCGGGAAAUGUGCGGUUCGUCCAUUCCUCCUGUCAGCGCCGUGUCGUUUUUAAAACCUCACGCGCUGUCUCUCCUCCUGGCUGUUAGCGACCUCAAACACCGGUACAUGUACGUGGAAGCCAUAGCCGGAGGGAUGUCGGAGAGGGCCGACGGCGACGGCAGGGCGGAGCAGCGCAGGGCGGCGCGGCAGCACAAACACCACCAACAGCACCACGACCACCACCACCACCAACAACACAACCAGCAACAACAGCAGCAGCAGCAGCCGCCGCAGCUCGGAGAAGGCUCCGCAGCAAUGGCGGCGCUCCCCAGUCCACAGACUGUACUGGGACAGUCCUGGAGCGACUGGAUCAAUGCUGCUCAACUGCAGGACCAACACGGUGCUGAAAGUGAAGAAAGUUUGAAGGAGUGUGACAAGAACUGGGAAUCCAUGAGGCUCUCCAGAGAUGACAUGGCCAUUUUUGGCCAGUGUCCCGCACAGGACGACUUCUACUUGGUGAUGUGCAGCCAGUGCAGCCAGGUGGUGAAACCCCAGGCCUUUCUGGGACACUACGAGAGGAGACACAGCUCAUCCAGCAAGCCCCCAUCUGCCUCAAUACCAAGCGCCACGUACCCACUCUCCACACUGCCCUCCAGGAACAAGCCUGUGGGGGGUGGCAGCCUGGGGGGAACAGGGCGGCUCCCGGGUGCCAGUGGGUCAUCCUCUAACUCCAAAGUCCCCAAAGUGGCCAAAGAGAAGCUGCCCGUUCACAACCGGCCUCCCAUGUCCUUCAAGGUGCUUCCUGACAGAAUAGUCUCCCCAGGUGUGAAAGUGGAGAAGCCUGUGAGGGCAUGCGAGGCAGCGCCAAAGCCUGUUCACACGCCCUCAUCCUCCACCACUGUGAGCUCCAAGCCCAGCCUUACCUGCUCCUCCAUACCAAAGGCCCCGCUGCUGUCCCCAGGGCAGAUCCCCAACGGGAAAACCCUGCUCUCCUCCCUGGACAGGAAACAGGAUGACAGUGCCAGCUACAAGAGGCACAAGAGGAUAUCCGAACGAGAGUUCAAUGCAGAUUUCCACUGUGGUGUGUUGGACCUAGUUACACGGAAGCCAUGCACAAGAUCGCUCACAUGCAAGACACAUUCCCUGAGCCAGCGGAGGGCUGUGCCAGGCCGCAGGAAGCGCUUUGAUGCCCUGCUGGCAGAGCACAAGAGCAGGGCCAGGGAGAAGGAGCUGCAGCGCACCUCAGACCACCCUCAGCAGCCUCCCCCUCUCAGGGACCCCCAGCCUCCCCCAUCCCGCUUCUCGCAUGACCUCCACCAGGGGGCACAUGGCAAUGCCCCCUACGAGGCCAAGCCUUCACCACCUGGCAAGCCUAGACCUCAUAAUCCGAGUCUUCCAAGACUAAACAGCCACUCCUCACACUCCUCUGGGAAUGCCCAAGGCGAUCUGACCACAGUGCAGGAGUCACCACACCCCUCCACAGCAGCCUCCGAUGGGGUAUCCCGACUGUCCAGCGACGAGGGGGAGAAUGAGGAAAAGGAGGAGAGCAUGGAAAAACUGGAUUGCCAUUAUUCAGCUUACCAUCCUCGACCAGCAGCUACGUGCACUUUCGGGAGUCGACAGCUGGCAAGGGGCUGCUAUGGCUUUGAUCGGCGCUGGGAUCGCCUCCGCUGUGCCCUUAGUGCUAUGGUGGAUCGACACGUCAACGCCCAGAUGUGGAAGAAAAUUCCCCCUGCUUCCGAGAUGGUGUCCUCCACAAUGCCUCAAAGGACAAGCACAAACUCCCACCUGGUCCCAAACUACAGCGGGAAUGCCACUGGCUUCCAGUGCCCCACCUCUGCUACACCAUCUCCUGUGCUCGUCUCCCCCUCCUACGCACAGUCCCUGGACAGCAAGGCGGUCCUUUCGUAUGGGACUACCCUGAAUGCACGAGUCUCCCCUGGAGGCUCCACGGACCCUCCCAGCUACAACACUCCUGCCAGGCCAUCAGUGUGGCCCCAGCUGCCCUCGGGACACUCUGCCAUUCCAUCUCCUGUGUCCAGCAAGCCCUCAAAGCCCAAACCCAGUAACAAGCCCUUCCGACCCAGGGAGCCCUCAGGCAGUUCAGCUACGAGCAACUCGGGGAAAAAGAGGAGAAGCAGCUCACCCCUUUCUGCCCACCCCCCUACUGCAACACAGCCUUCCUCCUCGGUCUCCUCCACCUCCAGCACCUUCAGGAAGAACUGUGCAGUGACCUCACAUCACCUGCCAUUGGCCCCCUCACCAUCUAGUCACAGUGCAGGGCUCAGCUGCACCCCUGGCAGGACUAGCUCCCUGGGACCCAAGCAAGAACAGCCAGGCCGGGGUCCACCAUCAGGAAGCCCCGCCGAGUCCAUCAAGCGCAUGAGUGUGGUGAUGAACAGCAGUGACUCCACGCUCUCCCUAGGGCCCUUCGUUCAUCAGACAGCCAGUGCCCAUGGUGGCUUCCCGCACACCUCCCCCGACCAUCGGCUUGAGGGAAAAAGGCGCAAAGGCUCACUGGCUGCUGGCAGCAGGGAGGGUGGUGGUGCCUCAGGCCCUGGAAGGCCCCUCAAGUUGCCCAAGUCUCCCACUAUGAAUAACCUCCAUGGUAAACAUGGCCGCACCAUCACUGGAACACCGGGACUCCCUAAUAAUACCUUUAUACAACCGCCAAAGGCACGGCCCUGACGGCGGCUGAGCGGUUCCUGCUGGGUCUUAGCUUGAGGAGCACUUGUGGCACUCCCAAGUAAACGGGGCUUUUCACAUCUACUUUUCCCCUGGUCCUCAAGGGUGCGGAGACCUACUGAAACAUCAGCAAUGUUGUGAGAAUCUGCCCCUUCCCAUCUAAAGCCAUGUCUGCUGCUGCCUUGCUCUUUGGUGGGGAGACUCAACGACAACCAGCGGGGCCGGUCUCCUGUUGGCAGAUGUCAGUUUUACAGCGGGCUGGGCCUGGCUGGUCUUCCUGCGAAGGGGCUUUCCAUUCUGUGACCUUAAUACUGAGGUUCUGAAGGUACAGAACAAGGGCUGAGUUAAGCAGGGCUUGUUCACGUUCAGAAGAACAUGCGUUACAGGAGCGGCAUCAGUGCAGAAGCCACUAAGCUAAGUAGUUCACCAUCUGCGUGUUUUGGCUGAUCAGGUUCUGUUAAACCACUGGAAUACGGAGGGCGGAAAGGCUAAUUAGCUUGAAACUGAGCCUCUGAAGAGCUGUGGGGCAG